GGAAGAAACCUGUGGAAGUGAAUAAUCAAAAAAAAAAUAAUAAAAAAAAUUACACAAAUCUGAAAAAAUAAAAAUUAAAUUGAAUGAAUACAAUUUUUAAAUAAAUUUAUUACAAUUGAUUAAUAUAAAUAACAAUACAAUACAGAAAAUAAAAGAUAACUAAUCCAAAAUGGACGUCCUUGUGGAAUUGAAUUUCAAACAGCGAAAUGCCACCAGACUUUUUACGGCUUUGGGUGGCUUCCUUACAUAUCUAUUGGUUAAAGACAACACCAAUUUGAGUAUGGCUUUGGGAGCUAUUUUAGCGUUAAUGUUUAGAAAUAUCACAUUUGUAUAUGCGUUCUACAAUACUGUGGGACGGGAUAUAGUAGCCGGCACCCGUUUUCUCAUCUUGAAUAUUUACAUUUUAUAUUUGGAAAAUAAAAAAUGGUCUAUAGCUCGAAUAUUCCAGCAGAGAUGCCGAGAACAUCCUGACAAGCCUUGCCUACUUAUAGAUGAUCGUAAAUUAAGCUUUCAGGAUGUGGAGGAUUACUCGAAUAAAGUGGGAGCCUUUUUCAAAGAUAAGGGCUAUGGUAAAGGUGAUUGUGUGGCUUUGCUAAUGGCCACACGUCCAGAAUAUGUGGCCAUGUGGUUGGGUCUCUCAAAAAUUGGCGUAAUAACGGCCUUGAUUAAUACCAAUUUAAGAAAGGAGACCUUACUGCACUCAGUUAAGGUGGCCAAAGCAAAAGCCAUUAUAGUGGGCACUGAAUUGGUGGAAGUUUUUAAAGACAUUUCACAGCAGGAAGAAAUUAAUGAUUUACCGGUUUAUCAGUUUAGCGAUGAAGAACAAAGAAUCAAUGCCAAUUUGGAAGUAAUGAAGGGGGCCUGUGAUUUAACCGAUCUUUUGGAAAAGCAACAGUUGGAAGAUUUAUCUUUAUAUAUAAAAGAGUGUAAACCUAGAGAUAAACUUUUAUAUGUCUAUACCUCGGGUACAACAGGCAUGCCUAAGGCGGCUGUUAUAAAUAAUUUAAGAUAUCUUUUCAUGGCCGCUGGUACUCAUCAUAUGACCGGCAUUCAUAAAGAUGACAUUAUCUAUAAUGCUUUACCUCUCUAUCAUACUGCUGGCGGUAUUGUGGGCAUAGGUAAUGCUCUAAUCCAUGGCUGUACUGUGGCUUUGCGUAAGAAAUUCUCGGCUACAAAUUUCUGGAAAGAUUGUAUUAAAUAUAAUGCCACUUGUGCUCAAUAUAUCGGAGAGUUGUGUCGUUAUUUAUUGAAUUCACCCUCGCGACCCGAAGACACUCAACAUAAUUUACGUUUAAUGUAUGGCAAUGGUUUGAGACCCCAAAUUUGGUCACAAUUUACCACACGUUUCAAUAUACCCUCCAUAGGAGAGUUGUAUGGUUCGACGGAGGGUAAUUCUAAUUUGGCCAAUAUUGCCAAUCAAGUCGGUGCCAUCGGAUUCAUACCCAUUAUUGCGCGUACCCUUUACCCUGUACAAGUCAUACGCGUGGACGAGGAGUCCGGUGAACCACUGCGCAAUGCCAAAGGUUUCUGUAUGCGCUGUAAUGCCGGUGAAACGGGCCUACUAAUAGGUAAGGUGGAUCCUCGUAGAGCAGUGACAGCAUUCCAUGGCUAUGCCGAUGAGGGAGCAUCGGAAAAGAAACUUUUAAGAAAUGUUUUCAAAAAGGGAGAUGUUUUCUUCAAUUCUGGCGAUAUGGUUGUGGGAGACAUAUUGGGAUUUUUCUAUUUCAAAGAUAGAACCGGAGAUACAUUUCGUUGGCGUGGUGAAAAUGUGUCCACACAGGAAGUGGAGGCCAUAAUAACAAAUGUGAUAGGACUGCAGGAUUGUGUGGUGUAUGGAGUGGAGAUACCUCAUGUAGAGGGCAAAGCUGGUAUGGCCGCCAUUGAAGAUCCCGAUCAUAAAAUCGACUUACAACACCUUUCCGUUGGCAUUCGCGCUAGUCUUCCUCCCUAUGCCCAGCCUUUGUUUGUUCGAGUCAUGGAUCAAAUACCCCGCACGGCCACUUUUAAAAUGAAAAAACGUGAUCUUAUGUUGGAUGGUUUCGAUAUGGAUAAAAUCCACGAUAUUUUGUAUUACCUAAACAAAGAUGGUCUCUAUAGACCUUUGACGCGUUCCCAGUACGAGUCUCUGCUAAAUGGCACAGCGGGCCUAUAAUGUUAUUUAAUAAUUUAUUCCAUUUUUUUACCGCUAUGUAUAUUAUUGUAUGUAUAGGGCCUGGGCCCUAGGAGCAGCGUUAAAUCCUAAUUAUGUUUUUUUUUAUGGAAAACAUGUUUUUUUGUAAAACAAAUUUAUUUUCCUAUAAACUGUAAUUAAAUUUAUUAAGUAGAGAGAAUUUGUUAAAAAGUUAUUGAACAAAUUUGCAAAUUUAUUCACAUUUUGUAAAUUUCAUUUUUAGCCUUACUGUUCAAAAAGCGAACAUUUGUAAUAAAAUCCUAGAAUGCCAUUAAUUUUUUUAUUGAUUUGUUAUUGUCAUUAUUUUGUUCUUAAUUAAGUGCAAAAACUAAAUAGUUUUAUUAUAUAAAUGUUGUUAUUUAAGGAAAGAAAAGACAAUAAAUCGUAAAUAAAAAGUUACCAGAAUUAAA